AUGCAUUCAUCUUGGUUCGAGUAUUCAAUAACAAGGCCGUACCCCUUUCGAUGGUUCACGCCCGCGGCCAUCGUUGGUGGCCUCAUUCUAGCAGUUGUGUUUACGCUAGUCAAUUUCAGCUCCAACGGCUUUUACCUCAAAACCAUCUACACCAAAAGCCUCAACACCACCGAAGCAUCCUUUACUUCGAGGAAUACGACUCUCGAAGACUGUCACCUUGAUACACUCAAGAUCAAUCUCAUCAAAAGCGACAACACUCAGGGGCCUUCAUGGUGGCUUUCAUGGGGGCGGUUCACAGUAGCCGCUAAUCUUCGCUGUAUCAUUAUUUCCGACUCUGGACUCGUAGAUGUCACUAUCGACGCUGAAUAUUCGGGCGAAAGUGACGCGGUUAUCCACGACUAUGUACUUGAUGAUGAUUACGAAACCAGUUCAAGCGUAUGGUGGGGAAGUCGACUCUCCAACGCCUAUCUCGGCGGCGUUUUGACUGCGACCUCUCAGGUUGUUGUUACUAGGGAUAACCAGUACCUCACCUCUGCUCAGCUGUCUUUUACUGCAAACACAACAACCAAAGAUAUCCGGUCAAAUAGCUUCUUCAACCUACAGUGGUGGCUGGCCUUUUCUAACGCCGGUAUUUCGCAUAGCGGGAUGCAAGAUCUUGGGGAUACUGGCUACGACUCUGAUUAUUUCGUCGCGGCACCUUUUGCAGAAGGUCUGCAUUACGCCAGACUCAUGCACUCCCUGUUUGCCAUAGAUCUUGGCAACUGUAACUCCUCAAAUCUUCUUCUAGAUGAGGAAGGGCUUCAGUAUGUAAUCAUAGCUCCAGACAACAAAUUUCGAAGAAAGGGAGGAUUGCUCAAUGACACAGCAACCAUGAGCGGCUUGAACCCUGGCCGUUUCAACGAAAUCCCAGCUCCUGGUGCAAUACUUGACGACGGAGGCGAUAUUGAUCUCACUCCUUUGAAAGAGACUUAUGCCAAGUUCCGGUCAAAAACAGGUCCUCUGUCAUGCAACAAUGCCACUAUCAUGGCCGAGUACCUUUGUUCGGUGCCUCAGCAAAAGAGUCCCGGAGUGAUGUUCUUGGCCAUUUUGUUGGCUGACCUGGUAUUCCUUCAAGCAGCCUGGAAACUGUUCCAACUGGCGGCUGGGUCCGCAGCAACUCGCGGGAACCCGGAUGCAAUGAUCUCCAUAUACAAGGCUGAGUGA